AUGAAAGGACUCAAUAAAUUCAUUUAAGCUAAUAAAUAAUGCCCCUUCUUGUAUAAUCACUUCAAGAUUGAUGUGAGCAGAAAUCAAAUAGCCUCCGAUUUUCUUAAAAAAUUUGUAAAUCUCUGCCCUCAUCUUAAAAACGCUAACAAAAUGAAUGAAAGAGAAGCAUCUGGUUAAACAGUAUCUGCUUGUGCUUCUACAAAUACAACAACCCAUGUCGCCGCCGCUGCUUCUUUCUUCUCUAAGUGCCCUAUAAAUCACUCAAAGCUCUUAGGAAAGAAAGAGAAGUGCACUGGAUGUCCCCAUAACGCUUGUCUUCACUCAAAUGAAGCUCCUCUUCUUAACGAAAUUACUGAAAAAACAUUAUAGGAAUCAUCUCAAAAAUGUCCUUUUGUUGGAUUAUUAAAUAUUGAUAACAGUACUGAAACUGCUGCAUCCAAGUUACUCAAAAAUUAAGAAGAAUAUGAGCAAUCUGUAAAGAAGAAUUUCAUCAUGAAAAACAAGAGUAUCUAAUUAGAUAACCAAGAAACUUCUGAAAAAGAAUUGAACGAAUAUGAUCAACAGUUUGCUAAUGCUAUUAAAGGAUUAAAAACUGAAGGAAGAUACAGAGUUUUUAAUCAUAUCAAGAAGAUCGCUGGCCGUUUCCCUAAGGCAUUAUACACUGAUAGCGCAACCAAUGAAACAAAAGAAAUCACUGUUUGGUGCUCCAAUGAUUAUUUGGGCAUGGGUCAACAUCCCACUGUUAGAUAAGCCAUGAUUGAUGCAGUUAAAGAAACUGGUGUUGGUGCUGGUGGUACUAGAAAUAUUGGAGGUAGUAGCAUUUAUCAUACUUAAUUAGAAAGUGAGCUCGCUGAUUUACAUUUCAAAGAAAAGGCCAUCGUUAUGAGCAGUGGUUUUGUUGCUAAUUAAGGAGCUAUCAACGCUUUGACUAAAGUUUUGAAAGAUGUUAUUUAUUUAUCUGAUGAGAAAAACCAUGCUAGUAUUAUUGAAGGUAUUAGAAACAGUAAGGCUGAUAAAGUUGUUUGGAAACACAAUGAUAUGGAAGACUUAGAAAAUAAACUCAAAUAACUUCCCUUAGAAAGAAACAAGAUCAUUAUCUUUGAAUCAGUUUAUUCUAUGUCUGGAACUAUUUCUCCUAUUGGUGAAGUAUGCAAAUUAGCCAAGAAAUACAAUGCUUUAACCUUUAUUGAUGAAGUCCAUGCUAUCGGUCUUUAUGGUAAAAGAGGUGGUGGUGUUGCAGAAAUGAUGGGUCUUAUGGAUCAAAUCGAUAUUUUCUCAGGAACUCUCGGAAAGGCUUAUGGAUGUGUUGGUGGAUACAUUGCUGGUAAUAGCUUAUUAAUAGAUUGUAUUAGAUCUUUUGCUUAAAAUUUCAUAUUUACAACUUCCAUUCCUCCAUGCAUUGCUCAAGCUGCUAAAACAUCUAUUGCAUACGUGAAGGAACACAAUGAAUUAAGAGAAAGAUUACAUUUUAUUGCUAGACUUAUCAAAAAAAGAUGUAAUGAUAAAAACAUCCCCAUUUUACCUAAUGAAUCUCACAUCAUUCCAGUUUUUAUUGGUGAUGCUAAGAAAGCUAAAAUGGCAAGUGAUCUUUUAAUGUAAAAAUAUGAUAUCUAUGUCUAACCUAUUAAUUAUCCAACCGUUCCUAAAGGACAAGAAUUAUUAAGAAUAUCUCCUACUCCUAAUCACAAUGAAGAUAUGGUUGAAAAGCUUGUUCUUGCUCUUGAAGGUGUGUUUGAAGAGUUACAACUUAGAGAAAACUUUGGUUAAGAGUUGUCUCAUAACUUUACAGAGCCCUUGUCUUUAGCUGAAAAAUUGAUUAUCACUGCUUGA